CGCAUGUGUGUCAUAAAAUGUCAAAAUCAAGAGUCUCUUUAAAAAAACAAAACGAUAAUAUGCGGUCUUGAUAACAGUUCUGUUCUACAUUAACUCAUCAGUAUCCAUUGCGUCCAAUGCAUAAUCUAUUUCGUUUUGCUUAUUGUGUAAAGCACUCUGUUCAGUUCAACUCAAAUACCAGUCGAACGCACUGACGUAUUUAACCUCAUUGUUAUUGUGUGGUGGAACAUCCAAAACAAACCCGAAUGUCUUCCAACAAGCGUCAAAAAGUCGAGGAAUAUCAUGAUCCCGAUUACUGUCAAGACGCGUCCAAAGCCAGCACGCCUGCCGAAACUAACUCGGAACGACAGGACAAAAUCAAAAUGAUAAUCAAACGAGAAUUUCUGAAGGAAAUCAGUUCGAAAGAAGAGGAAAUCAAUCUGAUUGAUCACAAGCUCAAUCAAACUAAACGCCUGCUGCAACGAGUCCGGUAUGCCGUUACGAUGAGUUAUUACACGAAAAAGAAUCUGGUCCAUUCGGCCAAUGAAUUGAAAUGUGAGAGUAAUGCAACCGAGACAAUUAGUGCAACGGUUGGACAGGCCAUACAUCCUUCGUUAAAGAAAUUGCUCGGCAAGAAACCCAUCGAUUACGAGGAAAUAUUGAAGGGUCGUUCGCCGAGAAAUGCGGCCAAAACAGCGCGAAGUACCUUGAUCAAAUCGAAGAAAAAAGGAACCGGCAAACCGGACAAAGAUGUUGCUAUCAAUGAAAUGAAAGUUCCACGCUACAUUUCGCCCACGAAAUCAGACGUUCACAUCGAGAAAAUCAACUCGUCCCGAGGUCGGAAUCAAACGAGUCACUUAAUCGUUGUGGGUAACACAUCGAAGUACAUUGGUGACGAAAAGUCAGCCAACGAAGUCACUCACAAGUGGCUGGUGUACAUCAAAACGAAAACGCCAGUCGGGAUCGAGGAUAUGGUAUCAAAAGUGCGCUUUUUCUUGCAUCCGUCCUAUAAGCCGAACGAUGUGAUCGAAGUAGAUUCGCCGCCUUUUCAAAUAUCUCGUCGUGGUUGGGGCGAGUUUCCCAUUCGUGUUCAACUGUACUUCCAUGAAAUCAUCAAUCAAAAACCACUGCAAAUCAUUCACAAUCUAAUACUGGACAAGAAAAUGACUGGUCUGCAGACAAUGGGCGCAGAAACGGUUGUUGAAGUUUGGUUAGAUCUGCCGAUUCGAAACAGUGACCACGAAACAGAAAAGAAAAAUGUUGUGAAAGCCGAGCCGAUUGAAGAGACCAAAAUUAGUUCCGCCAGCGAAACUGUGAAAUCUGAAGUCAGCGUCCCACCGAUCAAUAUAAAAAUGGAAGAACCUCUAAUGAUAAACGAGCCACUGGAAGCCGACUUUCACGAAGAACUUCCGGAAUCCGCUGAAACUCCUGUCGAGCUGCAUGAACCCAAAUUGGCCAGCCCAACGAAGAGUUAUCUCAACGACAUCGGCGAAAUUUUCACAGAUUCUGGGCCCAUUAAGCUGAACUCACCCGACCAAGUUAAAAGUGUGAACAUCAAGCCCACGCCUCCUCCGAAAAAGACUCUGGUGAGGUGUCUGGACAGCAAUGGGAAAAUAAUUUUCGCCGAAUUGCAAGUGGAUCCGAACAAUCCGAAGAACAUAAAAAUCGUCAAAACACCUACUGUGAUCAGAUCCGCACACCAUCCGGGUGGUGUGAGUGUAUCCAAGCCAAAAAAUAUCAUCCAACUGAAACUCGGUACGGCUGUGGAACAGAAACGAAUUGCAAUUACGUCGAACGUAUUGAACUCACCGAACCGAGUUGCCAAAGUCAAUCCGAUGGCUUCGACAAUGGUUAAUCCUAAACCGAUGAUCGUCAACAACAAUCCAAACCUGACUCGUCUCAAUCCAGUUGGGGCUAAAACUUCGAUGGAAAACAAAAAAAUUUUCUUCAUCAAAUCGUCAACGUCUGCAAAUUUGAACUCAGCAAAUCCACCGCCAUUAGUGAGAAUAACUGAUCCCACCAAAGUUGUGCUCGCGCCUAAUCUGAGAGCCAGCCAAGCUAACGAAACAAUCCGCAAAAUGACCCUGAACCCAAACAAUGUCAUAAUGAAAAACGGCAAAAUUAUGAUUCUCGACCGGGACAAAGCGAAUGUAAAGCCGAAACAAGAAUCGCUUCUCAAACCGCAAGUCAGUCUGUUGAAACCGUUGGUUCAAAAACAACUAAGCGACACAGCAUCGGCGAAAUCAAUUUUAGUUCAAAGGCCAUCGGCGCAACUACUUGGCAAUCGCUGCAAGAAACGGCCACCGACGAAUCCAAUUAUGAAGCGAGACUAUCAGAAGGAAUUCGGCACAAUGUUUUUGCGUCAUCGGUUUCAAUCUGUUCGAUCGGCUAUCGAAUAUGUUCUGAAAAACACUCCGUUGGUUAAUGGAUUGGCCAGCAGGCCGGAAUUCAAUGCAGCCUUUCCGUUUGUCGUCGAGUCGCAUGAAAAGUUUAGCAGUUUUCCGUUUGCCAAGAGACGAUCGAAUGAGUGGUAUCGUGCCAAAUUCGCUCUUCGUAUGAUCCAACAGCAUCCCGAUCUUAAGGAUCACUCGUUCUGGAUCACUAGAGAAAUAAUCAUUUUUGGUCGACGUUUUGGAUACACUCCGGCCAAUGCUGUUACGCUCAGCAAACAUAUUCUGAACAAUGAGAAUCCCUUCAAGGACAUGAUCAAACAGCACAUCAAAGAAGAGCAACUGAAAAACGUUACGAUAACGUUUAACGAUCGUGUCAAAGACUUUCUUCAAAAAUACGACGAUUUGAAGAAAACGUAUUCAAUCACUGCUACGGAUCCGCUGGAAAUCGUCGAUGUGGAUGGUAGUGGCAGUGAACCGCUUGGCAUGGACCUUAAUUCCAGACAAAAUGAAAUAUCCGGCGACAAAUUGGUGCUAGAUGUGAACAAAAUCGUUCACGAUGCCGGCUUGUUGGUGAACGAUAUGUGCCACAACAUUCGAAUCAAGCUGGAAAAAGAGGAAAUUGUCGAUGGUGUUCUUUGUUCAUCGUCGCAACUAGUUCUCUGGCAGGCGAUGCGAAGUUUUAUGGAAGAUCUGGUACGUCGGUCAUUUGCCACCAAGCCGCUAGCUGAACAAAUCAGCGAUCUAUCGGCAGAACGAUGCGUUCGUGUGGACGAUAUACGAAGGGCCAUAUCGACGACAGAAAAUUUUAGUUUCUUGACGAACAAGCAUUUGGGCAAGCACAGCAGUUAGCGAUUUUUGUAAUUUUCUUCUUUUCUUUUUGUAUUUUUAUAGUGACGAAAUAAAGCAAUGUGAUCCAUAUUACACAAGAGCGAAA